AUGAAGAAGCCUCGGAAUGGCUCCUUAUAUAUCAAAAGCCAAAGCAAAGACACCAAUGAGACCUUUAAUUUUCAGAAACACAAUGAAAGCUGCAAUUUUCAGAAAAACAAUGACAGCUGCAAGAACAAAAACAAGAAGAACAAUUACAGCACCAAUAAGAGCAAGAGCUUCUAUGAAUUAUCUGUGUCUUUGAUCUUCUCACUUUGGUGCCUUGUCUUCCUGUUCUACUCUAAACUUGGUCUUGGCCAUGGGAAUGGAGGGAAUUCAGCUCCUGAUAACAGAACUACACAUUGUCCUAGUGUUCACAAUGGUGAGCAUGGUGAUCAUGCAUGCUCAUUUGUAGAAAACGGAAACAGAAGGCAGACUAAUGGAAUGCUAUUAGAUUUUGGUUCGUCUAAAAGCCGUAAUGAUUCUGAUGUAUCUCACAACUAUGCAAUUUCCAAGUACUCACUUCCAGAGACAAAUAGGUUAGAAAAAUUAGUUUGGAGUGUUUUAGGUUAUGGUGAUUUGGUUUGUGAAGUACAUCAAGCACAAGAAGAGCAGAACACAAGUCAUUCAGGGCAAUAUCUGAAUGGUAGAACUUCUCAUUCCACCUAUCUCAAUUUUGAUGAAUUUCGAAACAUAACAAAGCAAGAAAAAGGUCAGGAUGUGCCUAGUCAGCUCGUUAACAUUCCCCAUGGGCUUGAACCUGAUGGAACGGAGUACAACUAUGCCUCUGCGUCCAAGGGUGCAAAAGUGGUGGCUCACAAUAAGGAAGCAAAAGGAGCAAGCAACAUAUUGGGCAAGGAUCACGAUAAGUACCUGAGAAACCCUUGUUCUGUAGGGGGGAAGUUUGUUAUCGUUGAACUUGCAGAAGAGACUCUGGUAGAUGCUGUCAAAAUUGCAAACUUUGAGCAUUACUCUUCUAAUUUCAAGGAAUUUGAAUUGUCAGGUAGUUUAAGCUAUCCAGCAGAUGCAUGGUCCCCAUUGGGAAACUUUGUUGCUGCUAAUGUCAAGCAUGCUCAAACCUUUAAGCUUCCAGAACCCAAAUGGGUAAGAUACUUGAAGUUGGAUUUGCUAAGUCACUAUGGAUCAGAGUUUUACUGCACACUGAGUGUUCUAGAGGUGUAUGGUAUUAAUGCAAUUGAGCGAAUGCUUGAAGAUCUGAUUGUGGCGUCUGCAGAAUCUGCGGCCAAUAAAUUGGCAGAGCCUAAUGCAACUGUAAUAUCUUCUCCAAAAGAAGAGGUUGGUUCAACUGACCGGAGGACAAGUGGUGAAGGUCAAAAUGGGGUACGAACGGCUGGUGUAGGGAUCGAAAACAUUGAAGAUACACAAAAAGUCAAUUUAGACGUUACCAAAAAUCCAGUAACUACAAACAAGAUUCCAGCAACAACAAACAAAAUUCCAGAACCUGUUAUGAAGGUAAGACAGCAGCCAAAUGGAAGAAUUCCUGGUGAUUCUGUUCUGAAGAUUUUGAUGCAAAAGGUGAGGUCACUUGAGCUGAACUUAUCUGUGCUGGAAGAAUAUAUCAAAGAAUUAAAUCGAAGACAAGGGGAUAUCUUGCCGGAGGUUGGUAAAGAGCUAUUAAGAUUAUCAUUGCUUCUGGACAAAACCAAAACGGAGAUUAAAGAUCUCAUGCAAUGGAAGGAAAAUAUGGAAAAAGAAUUUACUGACCUCGAAUCAUGGAAAGCUGUUGUCUCAUCUCAAGUGAAUGCGUUGGCCAGGGAAAACAACAUGUUAAGAUUGGAUUUUGAAAAUGUUAGGAAAGAUCAAGCGAGCCUGGAAAGUAAAGAGCUUGCUGUUCUAGCCAGCCUCCUCUCAGCCUGA